AUGGAAGCACCACUGGCACAGGCCCAACCUCCCGCAGACGUUCCAAAUGGCUGGGAUAUCAACACUAGUGCCCUUGUCACGAGUAACGAGCCCGAGAAGAUAUUGCGGGAGUACGACUACUUGCGUACCAACUGCCCCGUUGCCCAUGUUGACCGGCAUGGCGGGUACUGGGUUUUGACAAGAUACAAUGACGUCAAGGAAGUCGCGUCCAACAACGACAAGUUCAUCUCGUACGUCUGUGCCGUCGUUCCGGCUGACCCUCGUGGUAUCAGACGUCCUCCUCUCAAGUUUGACGGGGAGAACCACAAGCCGUAUCGCACCGCUAUCGACCGCACUCUGAAGCCAGCACGACUGAAGCGUCUUGAGCCAAUCAUCCGCGCUCAUUGUGAGAGAGAGCUGCAAUCUCUCAUUGAUCGAGGCCAGGGUGAUAUCUACGAAGAGUUCGGGUCCAAUUUCACAAGCUGGAUCGAGAGAGAGUGGCUGAACCUGGAUGAGACAGACGGUGAGCUUCUCGUCGAAGGAUUCGGUAAGUUUGUGUAUGCCUGGCGGACGGGGGAUUGGGUCACAGUGAAGAAGUGGAGUGAUACAUGGUACAGCAUUGCAAAUCGCGUGGUUGCAGCAAGGAAAGAGAAUCCGUUGGAUCCGGAAAUGGACCCGGCUUCAAGCCUACUACUGGAACGGGACAGGGACGGGAAUCCACUUGAAGAGGAGCAUAUCAUUGGCUGUAUUCGGCAGAUUGUUAUAAUUGCCAUGGUGGCCCCUACCAUUAUCAUCACAGCCAUCACCAAGCACCUCAGCGAAGACAAGGAGCUGCAGAACAACCUCCGCAUUGACCGCUCUCUCCUCCCAGCUGCAAUUGAGGAGUUCAUUCGCUUGCACGUCCCCUACCGCGGCUUCUCGCGAACUGCCGUGACAGAAGAGGAGAUCUCUGGCACCAAAGUGCCCCCCGAAGAGCCCAUUACCGUAGUUUACUCGGCUGCGAACAGGGACCCCGAGCAGUUUCCGGAACCAGACAAGUUUAUUCUUGACCGCGAGAAUAUCAGCUCACACCUGGGGUUCGGGAGGGGGAUCCAUCGGUGUGCUGGAACAUGGCUGGCUCGGAUGAUCAUCAGGAUCUUUCUGGAGACAAUGCUGGAUAAGUGUGCAAAUUGGGAAGUAGCAGGCGAAGUUGUGUAUGCAAAGCUGCCGGAAAUUGGGCCGACGAGCUGUCCGAUCAAGUUUAUUGUCUGA